CUUACUACGCACCAAAAAUACCAAACUCAAGACACUAGGAUAUAGGAGUACUCUGUUUCUAUGGAAGACAAGAUGAACCAGGAACAACAACGACGAGGACCCAUGUCGAGCGAGCAAGAACCGAUCACGUACGGCGACGUGUUUGACGUCUCCGGCGAUCUGGCUUCGCGACCCAUUGCGCCACAGGAUGCAGCCACCAUGCAAACGGCCGAGCAGAUAGCACUUGGGAAGACUCAAACGGGCGGCGGCGCGGCAAUCAUGCAGUCGGCUGCGGCGGUGAACGAGCGGCUCGGCACUGUCGGCCACCGCGACAUGACGGACGUGGUCAGGGAUCAGGGCGUCACCGUUAUGGAAACGGAUGUCGGGGCCAGACGUAUCGUGGUUGAGGCGGUUGGUGACCAGGUUGUGGGGCAAUACAGCCAGCCAUUAACAGUGCCAACAAUAAUAGGGCAAGUGAUGUCUCCGGAUCCAGUUAUUCUGGGUUCGGAUCCGAUCACUAUCGGAGAAGCUCUGGAAGCAUCCGCCCUCGGGGCUGGUGGAGACAAGCCUGUCGACCUGAGCGAUGCUGCCGCAAUUCAGGCAGCGGAGAGAGCCACUGGCACGAUACUCCCGGGCGGAAUCGGCGCUGCCGCUCAGUCUGCAGCCACACACAAUGUCCGGACCUUAGGGGACGAGGACAAGACCACGAUCAGUGAUGUUUUGGAGGAUGCAACUUCAAAGCUACCGGCGGACAGACCUGCGACCAGGGAAGACGCAGAGGGGGUUAUCAGUGCGGAGAUCAGGAACAAUCCCCUGAUGGCUGCACAUCCGGGGGGCGUGGCGGAUUCAAUGGCUGCUGCAGCAAGGCUUAAUGUGCAGUAAAGCAGUAGGCCUAUGAGUGAUGUAAUGGUUGUGGCAGUCAGGGUCUUUGGUUUUUGUUUUCACGUGUAAAAGAAGAUCCAGCUUGUGAAAUCUGUUUUCCACUUGUUAAGUUGAAGGUUGUAGUUUUGUCGGACAACUCCAAUAGUGUGUGUGUGUGUGUGUGUGUGUGUAAUUAGUUGCAGGCAUGUACCCAGUAUUUAUCUUUCCAUUCGAAUUUUCUUGUUUUCCUGUCUGGUUUUUCAAUAAAGUCGGAUCUACCCCUUCUAUGACAAAGUUAAAACUGAUUCAUAAAUGCCCAAUAUGAACUCAAAUUCAUAAUGCCCACAGUGCUAAAAUCACAAUACAACUUCAACAACUCGAGUUUUUGAAGACCAAAGGAAAUCCAUGGCAACCUAGAACAAUAGGACAUCAAUGAGAAGCCAUCACGAUUUAGAAAAAAGAAUAUUGAUAAACUGUCGCCCAAUUGCCGUUAAAAAAAUAGUACGAAGAAACCAUCUAAACUCAGCCGUAAUAGCAGGCACAAGUCUAUAACCAAACAAAACUAGACGCAAGAACAAUACAAAGCUACCCGUCAGAACCAGAUUUUAUCGCUUCUUGGAGACACCAACAGUCUUCCCCCUGCGGCCAGUGGUCUUGGUAUGCUGCCCACGAACCCUAAGACCCCAGUAGUGACGGAGACCACGAUGGUUUCUGCCCA